GUAGCUCUUGUAUUCGCCAAAAUGCAGGCCGAGUAUGUGAAGUUUCCCGAUAGGUCCGAACAAUGCCAAAUUGCCCAUGAGAUCUCAGCCGAAUUCGGUUUUCCUCCUGUUGUUUGUGGCAUCAUUGAUGGAACUCACGUCGAGAUUCAGUGA